AACGCAGAAAAACAGCGGUACCUAUUUCAGCAAGCACACAAAGCAAUAGUAACCAACUACCAUCUUCCAUUCUUCAACAUGGCUUCUUUCUUGACACUGCUCUUCCCGCUGCUGGCAAUCAUUGCCGUCGGCCCCAAACCCGUCGUUAAAGCCGCACCCGACCUAACUUACAUCUCGGCCAUCUGCGGCCACGAAACGGACGACAACCCUCCCGAGCUGAGCGAUCGAGCAUUCGAAGUGACGGGCUGGGCGGUUAACUUGGCGAGCCCCGACGACUUCGGCUACUGCUCCGUCAUAAAGGACGAACCAGUCAUGUAUGCUUACGCCGCGUGUCCCAAUGUCGUUUCUAAAGAAGACUGCACCGCGUGCCUCAAGUUUGCGCAAAAUUGGCUGCUUAACACCUUGUGCAAGGAUGUGUAUGGCGGGCAGAUCACUCUCGCCGGUUGUUUCUUGAGGUACGAGACGCAUAAAUUCUGCGAUGCUUAACGAAAAAGCUUACAUAUGAUAAAUUUUCGGUCGAAUAUAUUUCAUUCACUUCCUAUAUAUUAGGGAGAUACAUAUACUGCGCAGACUCAAGCUUGAUCAUAUUGUCGGUCUGGUGGUAAUGUGAAAUAAUGCUAAUAAUAAAAGAAGAGCAUUGUGUUAUAUGCAAGCAUCGUGUUGGAAAAAUGUGUGCCUUAGUUGGGCCUUCAUAUAUAUAGCUUAAUAAUGAUAAAUGGAUGUA